CAUAUCUCGAAAAACAAUUCACGAGUGCCAAGUGGAGGUGUAUUCCCUCUUGUUUCAGCCAAAAAAAAUCCAACCAAGCCAAACAGUAUUUUUUUUAUAUGGGCCACAGCGUUCGGGACCGUGAAAUGAUUAAAGUGAAGGAAGAAUUCGAAUCAAAGUUUACUAAGGAGGAGAAGAAUGAUCAACACAACUUGUUGAGCAAUAUGGUUGACGCUAGGGCCUGUUAUAAACCCAGUGAGAGAUAAAAGAGAGAUCAGCAAGUGUCUACCUAGUUCCAAAUUAACGAGUUUCCAGCAAAAUUUAUCUGCUCUGUUUGUCUUCUAUUUUCUACCCUCUAGUCUUUAUUUUGCAUGGAUAUUUCGCUAGAAACUUGGAAAAUACCACGGUGAGCACUACCGCACGCACAUGAUCAUCAGACAUUUAAUGACUUUUUAAAUUUUGGGCCAAAAUGACCAAUGAUAAACAGUCAUGGUUUCGUGGAGUGCGAAGCAGCAAAUUUCGACAUGUGUAUGGCGUACCAGCGAAGCGAGACAAGUGCUACGACAAUAUAAAGAUAACAAAAAAUGCUCAUGACUCGCAGUUUUGUGCAGUAAAUCCUAAAUUUCUUGCUGUUGUUACGGAAGUAGCUGGUGGAGGAGCAUUUCUUGUUAUUCCUUUGGAUAAGACUGGCCGGUUAGAUUUCAAUGCCUAUAGAGUAACUGGACAUACAGGACCUGUUUUAGACAUUAAAUGGAACCCGUUUAAUGAUAAUGUCAUCGCAUCUUGCUCUGAUGAUUGUACAGUCAAACUUUGGCAUAUACCCGAUGGUGGUCUCUCAAGGAACCUUAAUGAGUGGAUAGUAGAGUUGCAGGGUCACAAACGUCGAGUAGCGUAUAUAGAAUGGCAUCCAGUUGCUGAAAAUGUUCUGUUUAGCGCUGGUUUCGAUCAUCUCGUUAUUGUAUGGGACAUAAACCGUGGAGAGGCUAUAAACGUUAUCGAUCGUCAUCCUGAUGUUAUUUACAGCAUGUCUUUGAACAGGGAUGGCAGCUUAUUAGCAACUACUUGUAAAGAUAAAAAGCUCAGAGUUUUCGAACCGCGAUCAGGAAUCGUUGUUUCGGAAGGAGUAUGUCAUGCAGGAACGAAAGCAAGUAAAGUAGUUUUUCUUGGUGGUUCAGGACGUCUUUUAACGACUGGUUUUAGCAGACAUUCUGAUCGUCAAUAUGCUGUUUGGAGUCAGCAUGAUCUGUCAAGUCCUUUAACAUGUGAAACAAUAGAUUCAUCCAGUGGAAUCGUUUUUCCAUUUUGUGAUAAUGAUACUAACAUGGUUUAUCUUGCUGGCAAGGGUGACGGAAAUAUACGGUAUUAUGAAGUAGUAAACGAAGCUCCCUGGCUGCACUACCUCAGUCAAUUUAUAUCGGGAAAUCCUCAGAGAGGAUUAGGCGUCAUGCCAAAAAGAGGCAUUAACACGUCCAUGUGUGAGGUCUUUAGGUUUUACAAGUUACAUGCCACCCGAGGCAUGUGUGAACCAAUUGCUAUGAUAGUUCCACGGAAGAGCGAUCAGUUUCAAGAAGACUUGUAUCCUGAUACUGUGGGAACAACUCCUGGACUUUCAGCAAAAGACUGGAUAGGCGGAAUGAAUAGUCCGCCGGUGUUAAUAUCUCUCAAAACUGGAGGGGGUAUUACAACAUAUAAACCACGAGUUUAUAAACCUCCACAAUUACCUCCUGCAACAGAUAUAAAUAACAAAAAAAAGUUUGCAUUUUUAUCUACGGAAACUAUACCUGAUUAUAGAUCAAUAGAUCAUGAUAUUUCGGAGAAAAGUCAGAAAACAUCGAGUAAUCAGAGCACGAAAAUUCAUCAACUUCAACAGAGAUUUGGUCAUGUAACCAUUCAGACACCGAGAUGUAGCACCCAAUUCUAUGAGCUCGUUAGCAAGUUUGGAGUCUAUUCGAAUUAUUAUAAGAACAAUACAACGGACAAUAAGAUGCUGGAAUCAGUGGAAAUUCCAAACAAUGAGGCUGAACUACGGUUAGGUUACGUUAGACAAGCAGAAGAACUUCGACUGGUGAGACGACAGCUAGCAAAUAGUCAACUGCGAAUUAAAGAGCUCGAAGAACAAGUGAGAAAGCUACAGAAUCACUGAAAAUAUUUAUUAUAUUGCAAGAUUAAUGAAUUUAUCAUUCAAAUAAUAAUUAAUUGCCGCAGAAAGUGGAGAAAGUAAUGUUAUCAUUUUUGCGUUUGCUUAAAACUAUAAAACAGUCUAUAUUUAUAUACCCGCUACGAAUUUCAGUACAAAGCUUCACGUUCGAAAAAAGUAGUAUUUGGAAUCAUAUUGAUUAAUGGAGUAAAUUAGCUAAUUAUAUCAAUUUUGUUUUCUUUUA